AUGCCAGAAAUAGUUUUAGCUCUGGAAGAUGAUAAGGCAAAAAGAUCUGAUCUUGAGACCUCCGAGGAUGACAAGAAAAGAGCGAGAAUCAGAUCUUUUAAGAAGAAGGCUAACAAACUCACACAUACCUUGAGGAAACGGAGUAAGAAAGUAGCUCAUUGCAGAUUUGCUUCCAUUUCAACUGAAGAGUUUCGAGAUGAAAAGGAAGCUGGAGCUGUCAAUGCAUUUCGACAAACCUUGAUUGACAAGGAUAUGCUUCCGGCUCGUCAUGAUGAUUACCAUACCAUGUUGAGGUUCUUGAGAGCAAGGAAGUUUGAUCUUGAUAAGGCUGUUCAUAUGUGGAUAGAUAUGCUCAACUGGAGGAAAGAUAAUGGAGUUGAUUCCAUCCUCCAGGACUUUGUAUAUAAUGAAUAUGAAGAAGUUCAACGAUAUUAUCCGCAUGGUUACCAUGGUGUAGAUAAACAAGGACGGCCAGUCUAUAUUGAAAGGCUUGGCAAAGUUGAUCCCAGUAAACUUAUGAGUGUCACCACAGUGGACAGAUUCUUAAAGUAUCACAUCCAAGGAUUUGAAAAAGCCUUUGCUGAGAAGUUUCCAGCAUGUUCAAUUGCAGCAAGAAGGCAUGUUGAUUCCACAACUACUAUACUGGAUGUGCAUGGACUGAACUGGAUGAGUUUUGGGAAGGUUGCACACGAAUUAGUCAUGCGCAUGCAAAAAAUAGAUGGUGACAAUUACCCUGAGACAUUACAUCAAAUGUUCAUUGUUAAUGCUGGUAGUGGAUUCAAAUUUCUGUGGAACACUGCAAAAAGCUUUCUAGACCCAAGGACUACUGCUAAGAUACAUGUUUUAGGCAACAAAUUCCAGCACAAAUUAUUAGAGACUGUCGAUGCUAGUCAACUGCCAGAUUUUCUUGGUGGAACCUGUUCAUGUGCUGGUGAAGGUGGUUGCCUCGGCUCAGACAAAGGACCCUGGAAUGAUCCAGAAUUGAUGAAGCUAGUACAUGCUUUACAAGCUAAUGAAGGUAUCUACCAAAGGAAACUCACUUGCUCUUCUGAUUGCGACGACAUUGAAAUCAUGCCAAUUCUCAAGAAGGACUUAAGCAGUGAAAUCGGUUCUCCCAUUUUAGGAUCCACAGUGCAAGCGUCAUCUUCUACCAUGAUACAGGAUCUGUCUCCAUCCAAUAAUGAAAACUCUGAGAGGAUUGCAUAUUCACGUGGCACAAUUGAACCAGAUGGUGAUGAAGCUAGAGUUCACUAUCCAAGUAAUUCAAGACAUUUGCCCACUAGCAGUGUGGAAAGAAGGCUGCCUCAAAAAUCUUUCAUAAGUAUGUUGAUGGAUUUCUUGGUGGAGUUAAUUAUGUACAUCUAUAUGGUGGUUCCCUUUUUAAGUACAUUAUUCAAAAAGAAUGAUGUGGUGAAUGAAUUGGAGAACCAGCAGAGAACAGAACUGGCAGACCAAAGGUCUCAAGGGCAAAUGAAUUCCGAGGUGAAGAAGGAGGACCUAGAUCCGUGCUGGCAAAGAUUGCAACAUUUAGAAUCUGUGGUGGCUGAACUGCUGAAUAAACCAAAACAAAUUCCUGCUGAGAAAGAAAAUGUUCUACUUGAGUCUAUGAGUCGCAUAAAGUGUAUAGAGCAUGAUUUGCAAAAGACGAAGAAAGCUUUGCUUGCAACAGCAUCAAAACAAGUGGAGCUAGCUGAGUCACUGGAAUCGUUGAGGGAUUUAAGUGUCAGAGCAACAAGCAGUUGUUGGGUUCGGGGAAGCAAGUCAACGUCACGUGGUUCCCAUCACCUACUGACAUCAGACAAAUUUUGA